UACGCUGAAGACUCAUCCUCCGUAAAACACGAUCCGAGGACGGAGCCGAGCGAGAAGGUGAAGCACGAGGAGGAGGAGGAGAGCAGCGACGGUGAGGGUAGAAAGGCCGUUGCAUCGGGCGGCGAGGAGGCGCAGCCGGAAGGGAAGAAGAAGAAGCGUUCCGGGUUCAGGGACCGUAAGGUGAUGGAAUAUGAGAACAGGAUCAGAGCCUACUCCACGCCGGACAAAAUCUUCAGAUACUUCGCCACUUUGAAAGUUAUAAACGAGCACGGUGAAUCGGAGGUUUUCAUGACACCACAGGAUUUUGUGAGAUCGAUAACCCCUAAUGAAAAGCAACCGGAAAACCUGGGCCUGGAUCAGUUUAUAGUGAAACGCUAUGAUGGGAAGACAGAGAAAUUAUCCCAGGAGCGAGAGAAGUUUGCCGAUGAGGACAGCAUAUUUUACGCGCUUGGAGAAUGCGGACUCAUUUCUUUUUCCGACUACAUCUUCCUCACAACAGUCCUUUCCACUCCCCAGAGGAAUUUCGAAAUUGCCUUUAAGAUGUUUGAUCUGAAUGGUGAUGGUGAAGUGGACAUGGAGGAGUUUGAGCAGGUCCAGAGCAUCAUUCGCUCCCAAACCAGCAUGGGCAUGCGCCACAGAGACAGGUCUACGACAGGGAACACCCUGAAAACUGGCUUCAACUCUGCGCUGACAACAUACUUCUUUGGGGCAGAUCUGAAGGGGAAGCUGACCAUCUCCCACUUCCUCGACUUCCAACGCAAACUGCAGCAUGAUAUUCUGAAGCUCGAGUUUGAGCGGCACGACCCGGUGGAGGGGCGGAUCACGGAGCGGCAGUUCGGCAGCAUGCUGCUGGCCUACAGCGGGGUGCAGUCCAAGAAGCUCACCGUCAUGCUGAAGCAGCUCAAGAAGCACUUCCAAGACGGAGAGGGGCUGACGUUUGAGGAGGUGGAGAGCUUCUUCACUUUUCUGAAGAACAUAAACGAUGUGGACACAGCUUUGAGCUUCUACCACAUGGCUGGAGCUUCGCUUGAUAAAG